UGAGAAUUCUAAUUGCUAGCAAAGGGGAAAGUUUAGUUGCAAGGGCAGCGUGGCGUAAGUUAUGCUAAUACAAGCCAAGAUCGGUGUCUUCUGAACCUGGCAUGAAGAUGGAAUCUUGUGGAAUAGGACUUAUUGCCUGCCUACUUGCCUACUUUUCUAGUCCAUCAGCUGGUUACCCCAAUGGAAAAGUACAAGAGGUCUGUAGCAGUAUGGUACCCCUCCAUGGCAGUUCUUCACAACUGUUUCCAAAGCACAUCAUUGAAGUGAAUGUGACACAGUUUAGAUCGGGUGAUCAUGUGAAAGUGAGCUUGUCAGGGCCUGCAUUUGAAGGUUUCUUUCUACAAGCCCGCAGUGCCAAUAACUUAAGGGGUCCUGCUAUCGGCUCUUUUGUGCUAGCUGAUGGAAGGAAAUCUCAGCUCCUCACCUGUGGGCGUGUGAAGAAUUCAGCUGUUAGUCAUACAAGUAAAUCUAAGAAAACCCAUAUAGAUGCCUAUUGGAUUGCUCCUAGAGAUGCACCGGAAACAGUACAGUUUCUUGUCACUGUUGUAGAAAAAUUUAGAAUUUACUGGGUAAAAAUUCCUGGUCCUGUAAUUUCCCAGCCUAAGAUGACGACAAAAUCUAUUCCGACAUCUCCACCAAUUUCUAAUUUAACCAAACCAUUCAAUGCUUCGGACUGUGGCAAUACUAAGUUCUGUGUGAGAAACCCUUCAGACUGUGAUCCUAAAGUCAAAGAUUGCUUCUUCUUAGCCUUCAAACAAGACGAUAGUAUGAUGCUGGUUGAAAUGAGUGGUCCAGCUGAAGGCUAUAUUGCAUUUGCAUUGUCUCAUGACCAGUGGAUGGGUGGUGGUGAUGAUGCAUAUUUCUGCAUUAGUGACGACCAUAAUGUGGACAUGAAUACAGCCUCUCUGAGUGGACGCAGUUAUCCAGCCUUUGACUCUCAGAAUGCCCUUGAAGAAAUGUCGUGGAGGCUGGCUGAUGGCCUUAUUCAGUGUUCUUUCCAAAGAAAAAUUCAUCUUUCUGCUUUUCAAGGAAGAUUUAAUUUGGAUGCAGACUACUACAUAUUUCUGGCAGAUGGUGAAGUUAGUGAAGAUGGUGCCAUCCGUAAACAUCACAGACAGCCACUGAUGACCAACAGGAAAUACAAUGUUACAGGCUCACCAGAAGAUAUUGGGGGAUCCCGCUCUCCAUUCCUCAUCAAGGCACAUGGUGCAUUGAUGUUUGUCGCAUGGAUGACCACAGUUAACAUUGGUGUCAUUGUUGCCCGAUUCUUCAAGCCAGUUUGGUCCCAUUCAUUGUUGUUUGGAGAAGAGAUUUGGUUUCAGGUCCAUCGGAUGUUAAUGAUGGCGACAGUGUUACUUACAAGUGUAUCUUUUGUCCUUCCUUUUGUAUACCGUGGAGGUUGGAGUCAGCAAGCCAGCUUCCAUCCCUACCUUGGUUGUACAGUGAUGGCUUUGGCACUCAUCCAGCCCCUCAUGGCAGCAUUCAGACCACCUCCCCAAGCACCAAGAAGGCAAAUUUUUAACUGGCUACACUGGAGCACUGGUACAACUGCUAGAAUAUUAGCUGUGGUAACAAUGUUCAUGGGAAUAGAUUUACAAGCUCUCAAUCUUCCAAAUCCCUGGGACAUCUAUACCAUGAUUGGAUUUGUGGCUUGGCAUGUUGGCCUUGAUGUUCUUCUGGAGAUACAUGGCUAUUGUCUCAUUCGCAAAGUUGAAGUAUUAGAAGACGAUAGGAUACAAAUUUUACAGUCUCUAACCUCAGCAGAGGCAAAGGGCCAUACGUUUAAAAAGACGGUGUUAAUCAUUUACAUUUGUGGCAAUAUAGCAUUUCUUGUUACCUUCCUGGUACGAAUUGGACAAGUAUGACGACAAAUCUGACUAGUGUUUGCGAAAGAAUUAUGGAAUGGAGGACUGUCCAACUGAACUUCCACAGCAAAAAGACUGCACACGAGACUUUCACAUUCCAUUUCAGGAUUUAAGAAAUCAUGUAUGUGAGUGUAGUCCUCUUUUUCAACAUAGUGGUCUAAGGAUGAAACUAAAAUUUCUCUACAAAAGUGUACUUUUCCAACCCUACAAUGUUCUGCCUGAAUAUUCAUUGCAGCAGAACACUUUGUUCACACUGGGUGGCCUUUCCUGAUGGCAGAGAAUUCCAGAAGAAAGAUCUUCACUUGUGACCACUUGUGUGUUUUUUGUUUCCGAGCAACUUACUCAGUGAACUAGACUACCUCUUGGUCUUGCAAAUUUCAGCCUUGAUAAGUUUGAUCUGCAUUUCCUCCAAUAGAAAUCCACAUGCUGUUCAUAGUGCCUCUUCAUUUGUAGCUGUCUCUGUGAUGGUGUAGAAGGACAUGGGGGGCAUUCUUUGGUUUGUACUUUAGAAGAUGAAUGUAUGAUCCACACAUUCCCCUCUUUCACCCCAGGCACCUAUUCUGUCAAGAAACUAGACUUUAAAAUGAAAAGCUUUCAUGAGAAGUUCCUUUUCACUGCAACUCCAAGCGAGAACAGCAGGUGUUCAAGACAAUGGCUAUAAAAGAUGCCUUUGAUCACUGAGGAUUACAGGAGCCAUUAUCUCUGGAACAGAAGUGUAAGAGAAUAACGAUAGAAACCUUGCAGGUGCCCAAUAACAAUUAUAACUGUUUGUACCUCUCAUAUUUAUAUAUCCCCAUUUUUGUAUCAAUGCAAUUAUAUGGUUCAGAUUUUUUAAAUAUUUUCCGACUGAAGGGGCUUAAGGGUGACGAGGGACUCAGAAUUCUAAAUGUAAUUGUAACUGAACACAUACUCAAGUUUCCUGAAAUGUCCACCAUGAUUGUAAUGCUAAGUUGGCCUUCACCCUGAGUUGGAUUCUAUUGCUUCAAGUGUUUUUUUAAAAUCAUGUUAUAAUAGUUUGAGUUAUCUGAAUUAAAAAAUUUCUAUAUGGCA